AUCUUGCGAUUCAGUCAGUAACUCUUUGAUCACGGGCUUGUAUUCCAUUGUGUUGAAACGAAAAAUCAAAAUGAAAACAAUCGUUAUCUUGCUCGCCGUUUCUCUGGUCGCCGUUUUGGGUGAUAUGACAGAGGAAGACCGCGCAAAAAAGGAACAGAUGAAAGAAGAAUGUAUCGAGGAGUCUGGUGUUGAUCGUGCCGUACUUAAAAAAGCAAAGGAAGGGGAACCAGAUGAAAAUGACGAAAAAUUAGCCUGUUUCGGUACCUGUAUCUUAAAGAAAAUGGGAACUUUGAAAGAGAAUGGAGAAGUUGAUUGGGAGAGAGUUCGUGAGCACAUGUUAAAACAUAAUAAAUCGGAAGAAGAAAUCAAUAAAUUACGUACCGAAUGCGAAAAUGUUGAUGGAGAGGGUUGCCAAAAGGGAAAGAAUUUGUUUAAAUGUUUCAAGCAAGUCGUCGGCCAUCAUUGAGCGAAUAAAACCAAAUUCCGCAAGAAAAUCUAAUUGGGACUAUUAAAGAGAUUUUAAUGUCAUCUAUCGUCUAUUACACUUUAGAUAACAUUAAAACAUUAUCUUGCACAUUCGUCAGUACAAAACUGUAUUGAUAAAAAAGUAAAUACACGUUUCGUUUCA